AUGCCCUACCCAGGAUACCCUGUCGCGAUGUCUCUCCCCGACGCGCACCCGUUCGAGGUCAUUGACUUUGGCAAUGGUCAGGUCUUCGUCAGUCUCCCCGGCGGCGUUGACGACAUACCCAAAGUCAUCGCCUUCGCGAAGCGGUCUCCUGCUCUGUUUGCAAAAUUUUUCCCCGGCGUCGACAUUGACGAAGUCAUAGCGGGGAACUAUCAGUGGUUUGACGAGCCGGCCGUCCAGGAGGCAGAGCUCGGCACUACUGCUACGAGCUCGACGAGCGCCGCUCUCGCUCCCGUCCCCGUUGGCAACGGCACGGGCGUCACCGCAUCCGCGCCUGCUCCCGCGCCCAUUCCCACUCCCGUGGUCUCCGUCUCUGUCGCUUCUGCUGUUGUCGACCCUGCCGUUGCCGCUCCCGUCGUCUCGGUCGGCGUCGCGGCGCCUGCGACCGCCUCUGUCCCGUCCAUGACGGUCGUUCCGACGCCGAGUGUGCCGCUCAGUAUGAGACAGGCCAUUGUUGCGGGUAUCUGCUUUAUGGACACGUCGUAUCGCGGCGACUACAACACGCGCCUGCAGAGGGACAGGGACACCCUUUUUGUCUUCAGCCCGCUAAGGCGUAUUCCGGCGGACGCUCACAAGCUAACGGGGGCAGCUUAUCGAGCGUUCCUUGCUAGCCAAGGUCUGCCUCCCUACGUGUCCCCAACGCGCGUGAAGGCCGACUUUGUGCCACGCAAGCAGCCGAAGAAGACUGCGUACCAGGCCACGAAAGUGACCGUCAGGGGCGGCGAUUUCCUCUGGAAUCUCGCCCGCGACCCGACGCCGCUCGACCUGAUCUUCAGUACGACUGGGACUACCGUGUUGCCUAUGCGCGGCAGGACGUAUACCUUCGCCGAGUUGUUCCCCGAGGAGACCGAGAGUCACAGCCUUACGGAGCGUGCUGGCCCCUCGAAGUCGUGGGGAAGUUCACCUACCAUGGGGUCCCCGUGGCCGUCGUCUUCGCAGGACUCUGCUCUUGACUCAGAUAUGACCAUGUAG